AUGCUAUUAUUAUCUUAGCGCUAAUCAACUUAAUUAGAGGAAUUAGAAACCUUAAAGGCAUCCAUUUUAGGUCAAUAGUCCUCACGUUCUAGAAAUCUUUCAAAUGAAAGGCCGCAAACCUAUUAGAGAUAAUUGCAGUUUUCUAUUGAAAAUCCAAGACAUAGAAAUAAAGCACAAUCAUUUUCUGUUGAAAAACAGUUGAAUUUAAGUUCGCAAAACCAAAAGGUUGAAAAUUUAAUUACGACUUGGUAGCAUCAAAAAAAUUCAUCAUCUUUGCAUUCGAGUUCAAAUGUAAAUGCACCUUGUAAGUUAAUUAAUGAUGUGCGUUCAGCCCAGUAAUUGGAUAUCCAAAACAAGGAUUCCAAUAAACCUCAUAUCAUCAUAGAGGAAGACGUCUUGUUUACUGAAGAAACAGAACCAUUUGUUUAAAACAAUAAAUCCAAGCAGGUCAAGACUCCUAUGCAUCUUAUUGCUCCUACCAAGAGUUACAAAGAUCAAUGUAUUAAAUUUUUAAUGAAGAAAGCCAAGAAGUGA